AUGCCUAACGAUUGCAGUUGCCGAAUUGUAAUAAGUGAAGUCUUAUGCUAUAUCCAGUGUAAGAUUGAUGUAAUUGAUGAAGUCAGUUUACUUCAAAUUUGCGAGGGCCAGUUUACGGAAGAAGAAAUCGACAACGCAAGGGCGAUUUUAGCAGAUAUUUCGCUUACUCGUCGGGGACUGCGGAAAGGUGAUAACAAAAAUAAAAGAAACCUGCAAGAUAUAGUAAAAAUCCUCAAAGAGUCUGAUCCAGCCACUUUGCCUGUAUUUGUUGCCCGUAAUGUCAAUAGACUUCCUCCCGUUACCUUUGAUCACGUAGACGUAACGAGUCUUUUAAAGGACAUUGUCCUUCUAAAAAAGGAAAUAAUUCACAUCAAAAGUGACUGUGCGAAACAAUCGGACGUCGAUUCACUGCGUAAAGAAAUAAAUCAACACAUUCAACGCUCGAAUCUCCCAACUAACACUGUGAGCGGGGAGCGGUCGGAGGGGGACGUGCAUCACUCGUCUGUGGCGCUGACGCAACGCGCCGCUGUACCUGCUCAGCUCAGUCAGAAAAGGAGUGCAACGCGUAACGACGUGUGUAUGACUAGGGAGCGUUUACCGGGACAAACAGCUGAUUCGCUACUUGCGCCUAACUGUAUAGCUAGUCAACAGAAGGGUUUUUCGGGAGAAAGCUCAGAUAGAGAUUUUGUACCGGUCACAUAUAAAAAGAAAAAGAAUAGGAACAAGGAGGGUUGUGCAGUAGUUCAUAAUCAAGAUUUUAUUAUCCAAGCUGCACCGAGAACCUUUUGUUUAUAUGUUUCUCGCUUAGACAUAUCAUCUACUACCGAUAAGCUCGCAGACUACAUUAAAUAUAAAGGUGAAAGCGCGGUGUCUAUUGAACGUAUUGAACCAUAUAAACAAACUUCCUUUGCUUCCUUUAAGCGUUACAAGAAACCUGGCUUCUACCUCAUGAGCUAG